AUGUUGACGGUCGAGAAGUCAUGGGUCAAUGUACAGGAAAAGACCUUCACUAAAUGGCUGAACAACAAGCUGAAGGCACGCGACAUAGCCAUCGAGAAUCUGAUCACUGAUCUCUCCGAUGGAGUCAUACUCAUUCACCUGCUCGAGAUCCUGGGCGGGGAGUCGCUGGGCCGAUAUGCCUCCAAGCCGAAACUGCGCGUGCAGAAAUUCGAAAAUGUCAACAAGAGCCUCGACUUCAUCAAGUCGCGCAAGAUCCAAAUGACCAACAUCGGCGCCGAGGAUAUAGUCGACGGCAAUCGGAAGAUCGUGCUGGGUCUGAUCUGGACGCUGAUUCUCCGGUUUACUAUCAGCGACAUCAACGCCGAGGGCCUGACCGCCAAGGAAGGGUUGCUGCUCUGGUGCCAGAGGAAGACUGCAUGCUACGAAGAUGUCGAGGUGCGGGACUUCUCUUCCAGCUGGAAUGACGGAUUGGCAUUCUGUGCCCUGCUUGAUAUCCACCGUCCAGACCUGAUCGACUAUGAUACCCUGGACAAAAAGGACCACCGCGGAAACAUGCAGCUGGCGUUUGAUAUUGCGGCCAACGAGAUCGGUAUCCCGGACCUGCUGGAUGUGGACGAUGUAUGCGACGUGCCUCGGCCCGAUGAACGCUCACUCAUGACAUAUAUUGCCUACUGGUUCCAUGCCUUUUCGCAGCUGGAGAAAGUGGAAAAUGCCGGGCGGCGGGUGGAGAAGUUUGUCAACAAUAUGCACGGAGCGUGGGAGAUGGAAAACUCGUACGAGCGCCGGGUGAAGGAGUUGCUGCGGGUGAUUCGUGCCCAGCGCGAGGGGUGGAAGAAUGCUUCAUUUGAAGGGACCUACAAGGAUGUCAAGGAGCAGGCCAACCAGUUCGCGCUGUACAAGCGGAACGAGAAACGUCAGUGGGUUGCCGAAAAGUCAGACCUGGCCGCUUUGCUGGGCAAUAUCAAGACCAAGCUGGGGACCUAUCGGCUGCGUCCCUACGAACCACCGCGCGAGCUGAGUCUGGAGAUCUGCGACCAGGAGUGGGAGCGUCUGACCCACGACGAGCAUAAACGCAGCCAGUUGAUCAACGAGACCAUCCGCGAUAUCAAGAACAAUCUGCGUCGAACCUUUGCUGAUAAAGCCAACGACUUUGCCCUCACACUGAAGACCUUGUCGCUAGCCAUUUCCGGGCUGGAUGGCGAUGUCGAGGACCAGCUAAACCAUGUCAAGAAAUUGAAUGAUAACUUGCCACCUCUCGACGCGUUCCUCGACUCAAUCGCAGACCUGGAUGAGCAAUGCACAGAGGCGAAUAUCGAGGAGAACGAUUUCACCACCUACACGCUGGACGAGCUGUCUUACGAGCUGAGUCUCGUCAAAUCCAGCAUCUCUAAGAAGCUUGCAUUCCUAGAGAACCAAACGGUUGCUCGAAACAUGACCAAUCUGACUCCCAUUCAACUGGAGGAGUUCGAAUCGGUCUUCCGCCACUUUGACCGGGAUGCUUCAAACACCUUACAAGAACUGGAGUUCUCUGCGGCGCUGGCUAGUCUGGGUUUGGUUUAUGAUGAAGAUGAGAUGCACGAAGUGUACCUGGAGGUCUGUGGGUCGAGUCGGCUGGCACAGAAUGCAGGAGUCAGCUUCGAACAGUUCAUUCGGUUUAUGGUCAGCGUGACCGAGGACCAAAACACGGCGGAGCAAGUCUUCCAGAGUUUCAAGGAAGUGGCUGAUGGCAAGCCCUACGUGACUGAGCUUGACCUGCGUCACUCGCUCAUCCCCGACGAGGUGAUUGAGCACCUGGUCAAGACCAUGCCUCAGCAUGAAGGCCCUGAUCUCCUUGAGGAUCGGGAUUUAGCCAAGUUUGACUACAUCAGUUUUAUGGAAAAGAUGAUAGAGGAGAACAAGAGGAACGGAAAUUAG